AGACCAGCACAGCACAGCACAGAGCAGAGGCCAGAGCACACCAUGGUCUACGGCGGAGAGGACGCGCUGAGGCAACAGUACUCCAUCGGCGACGAGAUCGGGCGCGGCCGGUUCGGCACGGUGCGCCGGUGCCACUCCAACGCCACGGGGGAGGCGCUGGCCCUGAAGACCACGCCCAAGGCGCCGCUGCGGGACGCGCUGGACCUGGCCCUCGCGGAGCAGGAGCCCAAGCUGCACCUCCUCGUCUCCUCCCCGCCCUGCAGCCCGCACCUGGUCGCCCUCCACGCCGCCUUCGACGAUGCCGACGCCGUGCACCUCGUCGUCGACCUCUGCGCCGGCGGGGACCUCCUCUCCCUCCUCUCCGCCCGCGGUGGCAGCCUCCCGGAGCGCGAGGCGGCCGGGCUGGCUGCGCAGCUGGCGUCCGCGCUCGCCGCGUGCCACCGCCGCGGGGUCGCGCACCGCGACGUCAAGCCCGACAAUCUGCUCUUCGACGCCGCCACGGGCGCGCUCAAGCUCGCCGACUUCGGCUCCGCGGAGUGGUUCGGGGACGGGCGCCGCAUGUCGGGGCUCGUCGGCACGCCGUACUACGUGGCGCCCGAGGUGGUGGCCGGCAGGGAGUACGGGGAGAAGGUGGACGUGUGGAGCGCCGGGGUGGUGCUCUACGUGAUGCUCUCCGGCACCGUGCCCUUCUACGGCGCCACCGCCCCGGAGAUCUUCGAGGCCGUGCUCCGCGGCAACAUGCGCUUCCCGCCGCGCGCCUUCGCCGGUGUCUCGCCCGGGGCCAAGGACCUGAUGCGCCGCAUGCUCUGCAAGGACGUCGCGCGGAGGCUCUCCGCCGAACAAGUCCUGAGGCAUCCAUGGAUCACGAGCUGCGGUGGACAUGCGGUCGCGGGCUGAAGAAAUGGAUCGACCAAGGCUCCAUCCAUGAUCCAUCUGUAGAUAGAAGAUCUUCUGCGCAGAUGAGACGACGGCUCAAUUUCUGCCUCGUUGAUCUCAUCCUGCCAGCAAAUUGGCGAUGGACAAGAAGCGGUGGUGGUGCCGGAGUUCAGUUCAGUCAGUAGAAGUAGCGCUAAUUCAGUCUGUGAUCGUUUAAGGUCGAGUGGUGGUGGUGGUGAAGCUAGAAUUGCAGAAGCUUUCACCUCGCUGAGCCUGAACCUGUUUGUUCUGAAUCUCUGUACUUGUAGAUACAGUCUUGUUCAGUUCUAGCUGAAGAAGAAGAGGGUUAGUAACUACGUAUAGUGCUUAAGUAGUCGGCAGAGUUUGUUCACAAGAACGAAAAUGGAGCAAAAAUACUUGCAUGUUUUUGUAUAAUAUAAUUUUCCGCGUGUUGCUUCAA